AUGGCAUCCAGUAGCUCUGGGCCUCCAGGAGGCCGAGCUACAAAUUUUUAUCAAGGGAAACCGACCCAACGCACCGCUCCAAAGUGGGCCGAUCCUAAUAACGGGAACCUGCAAAUUUUGCUCCUACGUGCUACCGGAGAGAACGUGCUACCAACCAACCCGUUCAUUGUUAGGAAAACAAUCACCAAUGCCGUUAAAGAUUUCGAUAGCGCGAGGCCUUCACGAGAUGACAAGAAGAGGAUGCAAUAUGUCUUAACAUCCAGAGAUGAAGACACUAUAGGCAUCUUCAGCCGUGGUGGGGACAGAGUACUCAACGCCAUUGAACCCAUCUACACCAAAGCAAUAAAGCUAGCAACAGGAGCCUUCAUCACGAGUCCCACUUCUGCCGUCAUGGCGGAAAGUGGCCAUCUACCUUUCAAAUACCUUGUGACAAGAAUUAUCACAGUAAUUCGAGCUAAAAACUGGUUCAAAGACCUCACAAAUCAGGAACUUCCCGAUAUAUGCGCACUUUCAACUGCCACGGGAAGAAAAUGGAACGUCAUACCGCCGAACGUGAAUCUUGAUCUUCUCAAGACUGUCCGUGCAGGCGACCCUCCACCAAAAAUUAAAGCCUGCUUCAACCAUCUCACGGCUACUCACUUUCAAAACAAACACCAGGUCUACACAGACGGUUCUGUUAACUCCGAUGGAGUUGGGUGUGGAAUUUUCGAGAACAGAUACACCGGUAGCUUUUCUCUUCCACCGCAAUGCUCCAUCUUCAGUGCGGAAGCUUUUGCUCUAUUAAUAGCUACACAAGAGUGUACCCAUGAUCACCUUCCUACGGUAAUUUUCUCCGAUUCAGCCAGCUGUCUUCAAGACCUGCUCAGUGGAAACAGUAAACACCCAUGGAUAAUACAGACAGAAGAGGCUGCUUCAGAAAAAAACAUCUCCUACUGUUGGGUUCCUGGUCAUUCCGGAAUCCUCGGAAACACAGCCGCAGACAAACUGGCCGGUAAGGGUAGCAAAAUGGAACCACCAGUUAUACCCUGUCCUCGAACUGAUAUAGUUCGCUGGGUCAAACAGCAAAUUCGCGAAAGCUGGAACAUAGGCUGGCUAAAUAGCCCUCCCACCCAUCUCCAUCAAAUCAAAAAUACCACACUUCCUUGGUUUGAUCAAAACAACAGCAAAGAAAGACGGGUGCUAACCCGUCUUCGAAUUGGACACACUUUUUUCACACACUCACACCUAAUGAAGAAAACCGAAAGACCACUUUGCGCAUGUAACUCAGCCCAAGUUUCAGUUAGGCAUCUUCUACUAGAAUGCCAACACACCAAAGAUGCUCGUGUCCGACACAAUAUAGGUCAGAGUCUCCGAGACAUUCUCAGUAGAGACGAGACACAGGAAACCAAUUUGAUUGCGUUUCUGAAAGAAACCGGCUUCUUUGGUAAAAUCUAAAAUACACUCUUAUUUCAGUUAGUCACUUCACCGCCGCGUAUGCAUAUACAUGUAGAUAUAAGUAAAUAAAAUGUAUAUAUAUGUAUGCAUGUACAUGCGCAUGCAUGCACAGGUUUAUGUACAAAAUUACAAAUCUAACAAAAAUG